CGCCUCCUCACUUCAUGGGCGUUUGCUCCUAAAAUGAAAGAGACGACCAUUUAAAAAAAAGUGCUUUGUUGUAGUUGCUGCAGCGGCCACAAAGGAACGAAGAAGAAAGAGAAGAAGGAGAAGAAGAAGAAGUAGAAGAAAGGCGUCGCGAAAUGAGAAGAGAGACAUGAGCUGAAGAAGUUGGGGAGAAGAACAGAAGCAGAAAGUUUUGGGUUGUUGUGGUUGUUCCUCAAGUCGUCUCUCACGAUGGGAUGUGGCAGCAGCUCGGAGGGGAAGCGGGACUGGAAACCACUGGAGGAGCACAGCUGCACGGACAUACCCUGGCUCAUCGUGUACACACUCUUCUGUGUCGGCAUGGCUUGUAUCUGUGGCUACUCCAUCGCCACCGGAGCUGCCUCCAGGCUGGUCUCAGGAUAUGACAGCUAUGGCAACACCUGCGGUCGGAACAACACCAAGAUCGAGGGAGUCCCUCUCAGUGGCCAGGACAUGACCGAAAAAAAGAACAUUUUCUUUCUGGAACCUUGCAACCUCGAUCUCGUAAACAGGAAGAUUAAGUCCAUCGCCCUGUGUGUCUCCAAAUGCCCUGCGACCAACCUGACGACAUAUGACGAAGUGAAGAAGUUUGCUCUGACUAACGGGUCCAAUCUCUGUUCCUAUGAUAUUUCUCCUACGAGAUACACAAGCCAUUCAGAAAGAUUCACCAAAUGUCCCAAACUCCCCGUUGCAAAAAGUAAGGCUAUCCUACUGUUACACCGCUGUAUUCCAGUGGACAUCGAAUGCUUUGCCGAGUUUGUUCAGUCGUUCAUCACAUUUGUCAGUGACAACACUGUGCUGCGUCGUGUCAUCGCCGGGGUGAUGGCCAGCAAGGAGAUCAUCAUGGGCCUCUGCAUUCUGGCUUUGGUUCUGUCCAUCAUCAUGAUGGUCGUGAUUCGUUACAUCACCAAAGUGCUAGUGUGGAUUCUAACCAUUCUGGUUAUCAUCGGCUCUAUAGGUGGGACCGCGUACCUCUGGUGGCUGUACGCCGACCAAAGGAAUAAGACCACAGCAGAGCCUGGGAGCGAAGUUGCCUGGGACAACACCAAAGCCCUGCUUGCAUAUGCAAUUGGUGCCACCAUUUUCACGGUAGUUCUGCUGCUGUUGAUGUUCUUCAUGAGGAAGCGUGUGGCCAUCACCAUCGCCCUGUUCCAUGUUGCGGGCAAAGUGUUCCUCCACCUCCCCCUGCUCGUCCUGCAGCCAUUCUGGACCUUCUUCUGCCUCAUGCUCUUCUGGGUCUACUGGAUCGCUGUGCUUCUCUUCCUCGGAACUGCAGGGACGGCGGUGAAGAACAACUCGACUGGUGCGGUUGAAUAUCAAAUGGAGGGGCCUUUUCAGUACUUGGUGUGGUAUCACGCUGUGGGUCUCAUCUGGAUCAGCGAGUUCAUUCUUGCGUUCCAGCAGAUGACUAUCGCUGGUGCUGUGGUCACCUACUAUUUCACAAGGAAUAAGUCCAAGAUGCCAGCUACUCCCAUCCUGUCUGCUAUGGGACGUACCAUCCGCUACCACCUGGGAACUCUGGCCAAAGGCUCGUUCAUCAUCACACUUGUUAAGAUUCCUCGUCUCAUCCUCACCUACGUUCACAGCCAGCUCAAAGGAAAGGAAAACGCCUGUGCUCGCUGCAUGCUGAAGGGUUGUAUCUGCUGCUUGUGGUGUCUAGAGAAGUGUCUCAAAUACCUGAAUCAAAACGCUUACACAGCCACAGCCAUCAACAGCACCAGUUUCUGCACCUCAGCCCGGGACUCUUUCAUUAUCCUGGUGGAGAACGCACUCCGAGUGGCCGCCAUAAACACUGUGGGCGACUUUGUGCUCUUCCUGGGAAAGGUGCUUAUAGUCGCGUGUACAGGGUUUGCUGGCAUCCUGGCUCUGAACUACCAGAGGGACUACACUGUGUGGGUGCUUCCUCUCUUCAUCGUCUGUAUGUUUGCCUUCCUGGUGGCCGACUGCUUCCUCUCUGUGUUUGAGAACGUGGUGGACGUCCUCUUCCUCUGCUUUGCUGUGGACACAAAGUAUAAUGAUGGCAGCCAUGGACGGGAAUACUACAUGGACAAGGCCUUAAUGGAAUUUGUGGAGAACAGUAAGAAAAUGGGUUAUUACAAGCCAGAGGAUGGAGAUGGACGGGAGCUGAAGCCCAUGACGCGUGGGGGAACUGUAGCUUGACCAGGUCUCACAAAGACCAUCAAAACCACUAAUAUUUCUCUUACCAGCAUUUCACUCCAGGGACACAAGUAAUAAAACAUGUAGAGGCUUAACAGAGCUUCAUUGAAAGAUGCUUUAAAAUGUUUGUUUGCUGCGAAAGAGGGAUUGCAAUUUAAUAUUUGACACUAAUAGCUGUAAAGCAGUUGGGUUUUGGGUUUUCUUAUUUACAAGACAGGUUUGUUUUAUGUUUUACACCUGAGUUUUCUCUUUUUAUAACAUUUUAAAUAAUGUCAAAGACCGAUCUAACAUGGUUUAACAUGUUUGGUUUCCUGCUUUUAGUAACGUUACAUGUUGUUUGAACUGUUUGGUGUACUUUUUGAAAUGUAAGGCUUACUCUGUUCUGUCGAGGGCUUUUUAAGUUGUUUAUUACUUAUUAAAUUUUGUACCUGAAACAGUA